AUGAGGGAUCAUGAAUCAGUCCUUACAAGAAUCCUCCUCUUGGUCGUCAUACUUUUGACGAGCCUUAUUGCGAUUGCAGUCCUCGUUAUCAAGGACCGACGCUCGACCGGCACUUUCUACGGCUUCGUGACUUCGCAUCGCGAUACCAUAGGCUUGUUGAUCCAGGUGGUUUCCGCUGUACUGGGAGCAGGACAGAUAUUCGCUAUCACUUCGUUGAUCAAUCUAUCGGCGCGAGUUCGCAUGCAGACAGGAUGUCCUGUCGCGUUCCAGCAACUGAAAUUCCUCGUUGCAAUCACCUCCGGUGCGAGUCGCGCCCUCCGCGGUUCACUGCCGGUGGAAUGGUUGACAGUCGCGCUAAUUAUAACAUUAACACUCAAACUUCCUGCUGCUCUCUGGGCUGGUGCACUGACACCUAUUCUCACCGACGUUACGAGUAUGGAAGGACGGAUACCAGUACCAACGUAUCCGGAAACGGCCUUAUCGGCAUGGCAGGGAUCUUUCCGGAGACUUCAGAACGGGACAGUCAGCAUGUCGCUCAACUGUAGCUGGGUUGUGACUGGUGAUAAGAUGCUUGAUGGCGCAGCCGCUCUGGUGUCUACAUGCCCUGCAGUUGAUUUAGUCAGUGCAAUACUUGGUUCACUGGCUAGAGCUGCUGCAGGCACUCCCAGUGCCCCAAAGCCUCACUCGAGGAUUGAUAGCUCCGGGUGGACGAACCUGGGGAGGUCCUUUGGAGUAGGUUCGUCACCUGGCAUUGUCCCAAUCCAAGGUCUAUCAGCGCACAAGGCACCCAUGUUAUCACUUGACUACUUCGAAUAUGGCUAUCGAACAAAUGUAUCUUGUGCGCGGAACGAGGCAAGCAACUACACCAUCUCGGAAGCCGCGUAUCUUGACGACCUCGGCGUAACAUCCCAUCUCGUUGGUGGCACGCUACCUAAUUCCGUAUCUGGACAAGUCGAGCAAUACGCUUUAAGCUCGAGCACUCAUGACAGUAACUUUCUGGCGUGGUCAGCUCUAUCAAACUACGGCGAGAACAUUCUUGCCGUUGCUGGAACCGGUUUAUAUACCGCCUUCGAUAAGAUGCAAUGUAAAGUCCGGUUUGAUCCAGCAAGAUUCGCAGUCAACGUCAACGUCACCAACAGUAUCAUCACUGUCAAGCCUGCUGCUGAUGAUCAGGCUGUGCAAAACAUAGAGCCGACAGGUGAAUUCACAAAGAGUAUCUUUUAUGCCUUGGAGCAGAUAUCGCGCAUUUCGGGCAGCACCGUCGUAUCAACUCUCGGCACAGCUCUGGAGCACAACAUCCGGGUCAUCAAGGCACGAGAUCCUGGGCUCAGCGACGAAGCAAGUGCCGCCUUGAGUCUAGAAUAUGGGGUCGGCAUGUUGCUAGAGGGCCUCCUCGUCGCAAAUGCUCAAUCUCAGCUGUAUAUUCUAGGGAAUUCAGCAACUGUACCACUUUCCGUCCGCUUUGGUGCCGUGAAGAUCGGCUCCGAAAAGUACAUAUACUGUGUACUAGCAACAAAUUUGGCUAUGCUUCUCACCAUUAUUGUCGAAGUCGUCCGAACGAGAUUUUGGAAGGGCUUAACAACCUUUGACUUUACUGAUAUUGAGAGUAUCGCAAGAUCAGCAUCAGUUGGAGGUCAUGCGAUUGCUAAGCAGUAUCAAGCUGAUCGAGACCCAGAAUCUAGCGGCCGAAUUUUCGUCAGUCUCAGGAGACAUGGCAACCAGUGGUCACUGAUACCUGCUACAGGGGGCUGUUCUAGUCAAGGGGACUGGGAAUUGGAAGGACACAAGCCUGAUGCGUAUUGUCACGCUGCUGAAAGCAUAGUUGGUCACCAUGGCGAUGGACAUGGCAGCUGGCAGCCUUACCACUGGGACGGGGCGGUGUAUCGUCCGAGUCCUGGCCUGUGA